AUGCCUUGGCCGAAGCUCACUCCUCUCCAAUCCCGCUUCGCCGCCUCCCUCGCUGCCACCAUCCUCCUUAUAAUACUCUACUUUGCCCUCUCCAACCCACACCUUGCAUACGCAACCGACGUCGAUGCUCUAAUAUUAGAAAGACAUGGCCCCCCGGAUUUAAUACUUAUAGAUACCCAUGAGCAAAUUUCCGUACAACGACUUGACGCUGAAGAUGGUGUUGAUAUUGAGCGUAGGGCGGCACCUGGAACAGAGGCUCUAGCAAACAAUGUUGCCAAGUUGAAGAACAUAAAGAUUGGAGAAACACAGUAUUGGGUAUUUCCCAAGGAGGCAGUACAUGGUCCCAAAUCUCCGCCUACACCGGGCUUGCCGUCCGAUAUAAGCGUUAUCCUGAGUGGAGGUACGACAACUCCAAAUAACAACUCGGGAGAUUCCGAGGACUCAGAUGAUACGGAUAAUAAACUCGAAUUGGGCAGCAGGGAUACAAAAUUAUCUCGUCGUUCUGUUUCCGUAUAUAUCACUGCCAACACUUGCCUUCAACCAGCACUUAAUGCCACCCGUGCCGCUAAAGAUGCCGGGCCCCCUCAGUUGGAACUGUACGUGUCUACGAGCAAGACGUUUGACAGACCUGGUCCACAGUACAAGGACAACUCUGCUGUUACACACAAACCCUUUGACGGAGGCUAUGUUGCUGUAAAUCCUAACACAGACGGAGACGUAUACAUUGCCGUUUCCGCUCCAAGCAGCACCCGGUACUCAGGGAUAUAUAAUUACGAAAUAGCAGCCUCCAUUGACGCUCCGUUCCAUGGACUUGAGAAUAGGACUUCUUUUCUCUACUUUGUUGAUGGGGAUAGUGAUGCUGCUCUUCUCCAAACAAAUGAUACGACACGUGAACCACCAGAGUCUGAAAUAUAUAAACAGUGGCUUGCCCUCGAUCCACCUCCUUUUACGCUAUUUGCACAUAAUAUGAAUGAUUCAGCCAUUUUGGGCCUUCAACAUUCAUUUUGUGGUCUGCAAAAUAAUGCACAAAUAAGCAAAAAGCAGAAAAGCUUGGAUGUUGGUAUGACUGCUCGUGGUAUGGACCAUAAACCCAAGCAGCAGAUCUAUGCUCAGGGACUCAAUCGCAGCUCUGUUUACUAUGGAUUUUUGGCCAUGGAAGGAAAUUCAACUAACUACGGGAACAAAGUGGUUGGAGGUGGAGGAAAGGUGUGGAAAGCAAUGAAUUUCACAACAAAAACAGAAAACAAUUGCGCUAUAAUAUAUAAUCUGAAGUUCUGCUCAGAAGUUGCCUAUGCAGUCCCAUCGAGCCCUGACCUCAGCGUUACUCAACUCAGCGAAAUUUAUGACACACAAGCCAAGCAGUUAUUCCAAAAUUUCAGCUAUUCUCUUCAGCAAGUAUCCUGCAAUGCUCCUGCAACCGAGCAGUACUCUCUUGCAACGAACUGCACUCAGUGCGCAGGUGCCUACAAACAAUGGCUUUGCGCCGUCACUAUACCCAGAUGUCAAGACUUUUCCAGCGACCUUCCAUUUCUUCGUCCAAGAAAUACUGGCCAACAGUUUCUCAACGGCACUGUGCUACCAGACGACUACUCAGGCCGACUGAAUGUAUUAACCAACUCUUCUCGAAACCCGCUUAUCGACAGCAAAAUAAAACCAGGGCCUUAUAAAGAGGUUCUUCCCUGCCAGGACUUAUGUCAUUCAUUAGUUCGAAGCUGUCCUGCGUCAUUUGGAUUCGGAUGCCCCACAGGCCAAUGGCUGAACUACUCCUAUGGGCAACGAAGUGCCAAUGGAGACAUUACCUGCAGCUAUCUUGGGGCCGCAUACUUUUUGAAUUCGGGCUGGAAGUCCAUGGAUGGAAUGAAGUUUAUCUUUUCCUUUACACUCGUAUUUUGGGGGCUUGUCUGGGGAUUUUUGCACUGGGACUGA